AUGGGAAGCUGCGCUAGUCUAUGCUCAAACUCUGUAACCAACGAUUCAUCUCAAACGGAAUUGCCCCACCAAACAAUGUCUCCAUUCAUCAUCAUGGAAUACAAUUCUGUAGUGUCUAAGGGUCAAUCAGCUGAAUCAUCCCCUAAAGGGGAUACAAAGCAUACUACAAGUGAGGAGAGUCUUUCUCACAUUUCAGGGUCAUCUUCCUCAGAAUUCAGUCUUUCUUUUUCAUGUACUUGUACAUUGAGCUCUUCCUCUCACGAAAAGCCUCAUGAGAGAAAAGGAGUUGAAAGAGUCCAAAAGAAACCAGUCACCAUCAGAAACCAAUCCAUUCCAUUCAUUCUCGUCAACGAGGUACACUCAAUAGUUUUAAAAAAAAUGCCUAAAGUCGAUCUCACGUUUUGUCUUGAAAAUAUCAAUGCCAGCGAACCUUUCCCUUUCCAAUUGUCAGUAAUCACGUCAUCAGGAGAAGAAAGUGUUGUUGUCAAAGCCACACAAGAUAUCACUACCAUGGAACGUCACGUUGCCAAACAAGUUGAUGUGUCUUCUCUCAGCAAAGUCAAUGUGAGAAUUUUAAUUCCAAUUAGAGGUAUUGAUACGAUUCAACCUUUCAAUGUUGAAAAAGAGGGACCAUACAUACUCAUUAAACGUGAAGAAGGCAAAGGUCUUCAAAUUGUUCAAAGAAAAGCUGAUGACAAAUUUGGAACAACACAAGUUGUGAAAACAACAACAGGGGCUACCGAAUCUCAAUCUACUCAUCGAGCAGGAUUUGUUGUCGAUCCACAAACUGGACAAAAACGAUACCUUUCAAAAUCUAAUCCACAAACUACCACAUACUCUGUGCCUUCCUCCAGCACAGACACAUCAAAUCAAACAACAACUGAAAAAUCAGGAGAUGUCUAUGCUCAGCUUGAAAAAUUAGGUCAAUUACGGGAUCGUGGAAUUCUUUCAGAAAGUGAAUUUCAACAACAAAAGAAGAAACUUCUUGGUUUGUAA